CGGGGGCGGGGCGCGGCCGCGGCUCCGUUUCCGGUGGCUUGUUGCGCUCGCUCACCCCAGCUGCAGCCACUCUCUCCCGUGGCUGCUUCCUCCAUCCUGGUAUUUUUUGGAGCCUCCAUCCUGGUUCUUCCAAAGUGCCCGGACCCAAAACAGGAAAGUACUGCAGAUGUACAAGCAUGGAGGAGAAACAGUCUGGAUGACGUGAGUGAUGCUGCUGGCCAGAGCACAGAGGUGUGAUUCUAUGGGAAGGGCUGUAGCGAAUCCAUCCGUGGUCUAGAUUUGAGUAUGAGCACAGUUGGAGAGGAUUCUGACACAGUAACAGUAGAGGCUGUGAACUCUGUGACGUUUACUCAGGACACAGACGGGAACCUCAUUCUCCACUGCCCUCAGAAUGACCCUGAUGAAAUAGACUCAGAAGACAGUACUGAACCUCCACAUAAGAGACUUUGUCUGUCCUCUGAGGAUGAUCAGAGCAUUGAUGACUCUACGCCGUGCAUAUCGGUUGUGGCACUCCCACUUUCAGAAAAUGAUCAGAGCUUUGAGGUGACCAUGACGGCAACUACAGAAGUGGCAGAUGAUGAACUUUCUGAGGGAACUGUGACACAAAUUCAGAUUUUACAGAAUGAUCAACUAGAUGAAAUAUCUCCAUUGGGUACUGAGGAAGUUUCAGCAGUUAGCCAAGCAUGGUUUACAACUAAAGAAGAUAAGGAUUCUCUCACUAACAAAGGACAUAAAUGGAAACAAGGGAUGUGGUCCAAGGAGGAAAUUGAUAUUUUGAUGAACAACAUCGAGCGCUAUCUGAAGGCUCGCGGAAUAAAAGAUGCUACAGAAAUCAUCUUUGAGAUGUCAAAAGACGAAAGAAAAGAUUUCUACAGGACUAUAGCGUGGGGGCUGAACCGGCCUUUGUUUGCGGUUUAUAGAAGAGUGCUGCGCAUGUAUGAUGACAGGAACCAUGUGGGAAAAUACACUCCUGAAGAGAUUGAGAAGCUCAAGGAGCUCCGGAUAAAGCAUGGCAAUGACUGGGCAACAAUAGGGGCGGCCCUAGGAAGAAGUGCCUCUUCUGUCAAAGACCGCUGCCGGCUGAUGAAGGACACCUGCAACACAGGAAAAUGGACAGAAGAAGAAGAAAAGAGACUUGCAGAGGUAGUUCAUGAAUUAACAAGCACGGAGCCAGGUGACAUCGUCACACAGGGUGUGUCUUGGGCAGCUGUAGCUGAAAGAGUGGGUACCCGCUCAGAAAAGCAAUGCCGUUCUAAAUGGCUCAACUACCUGAACUGGAAACAGAGUGGGGGUACUGAGUGGACCAAGGAAGAUGAAAUUAAUCUCAUCCUAAGGAUAGCUGAGCUUGAUGUAGCUGAUGAAAAUGACAUAAACUGGGACCUUUUAGCUGAGGGAUGGAGCAGUGUCCGUUCACCACAAUGGCUUCGAAGUAAAUGGUGGACCAUCAAAAGGCAAAUUGCAAACCAUAAGGAUGUUUCAUUUCCUGUCUUAAUAAAAGGUCUUAAACAGUUACAUGAGAACCAAAAAAACAACCCAGUGCUUUUGGAGAAUAAAUCAGGAUCUGGAGUUCCAAACAGUAAUUGCAAUUCCAGUGUACAACAUGUUCAGAUCAGAGUCGCCCGCUUGGAAGAUAAUACAGCCAUCUCUCCAAGCCCCAUGGCAGCGUUGCAGAUUCCAGUCCAGAUCACCCACGUCUCUUCAACAGACUCCCCUGCUGCUUCUGUUGACUCAGAAACUAUAACACUAAACAGUGGAACACUACAAACAUUUGAGAUUCUUCCAUCUUUCCAUUUACAGCCCACUGGUACUCCAGGCACCUACCUUCUUCAAACAAGCUCAAGUCAAGGCCUUCCCCUAACACUGACCACCAGUCCCACAGUAACCCUGGCAGCUGCUGCUCCUGCUUCUCCUGAACAGAUCAUUGUUCAUGCUUUAUCCCCAGAACAUUUGUUGAACACAAACGAUAAUGUCACAGUACAGUGUCACACACCAAGAGUCAUCAUUCAAACUGUUGCUACAGAGGAUAUCACUUCUUCACUAUCCCAAGCAGAACUGACAGUUGAUAGUGAUCUUCAUUCACAUGGCUUUAUCCAGGCAUCUGAUGUUAUAGAUACUGAAUCUGUCUUGCCUUUGACAACACUAACAGAUCCCAUAUUCCAACAUCAUCAGGAAGAAUCAAAUAUAAUUGGAUCAUCUUUGGGCAGUCCUGUUUCUGAAGAAUCAAAGGAUGUUGAGGACUUAGUAAACUGUCACUAGAUUAUUAGAAACAGGUACUUCAAGAAGCCAUUGUCUGUCUCCAAAGAAAGGAGCCAUCCCAAGAGUUUUGG